AUGACCCCUCAAAAAUGUGUCCAGUUGGCAGGAAGUCUGAGAUAUGCUGGCGUCGUCUUCGACACCUGUUACGGUUCGGACUCUCUCGAGUCGGCGUCGUUUGUGCCCACCGAGGGGUGUGGGACACCAUGCCCAGGAGAUAUUCAACAGAUUUGCGGCGGAAGCGUAGCCACAAAUAUCACGAGGCUGCGGGCACGACAUUUCAGAUCCCAGGUUUCCAAGCGAGCUGUCCCUGUCAGCGUCCUUCUUACCAUCUACGAACGGGUGGACUCUUCUGUCGUGACUCUUGGCAUAUCUACAACGACCAUUGCUGUUGGAGGCGAAUCGAUCUUGCCAUCCACGCCAAUCACUUUGCCUGUCUCAGCUGCAUCAGAUAACGCCACUCCUGCUACGAAUAUAGUCACAACUCCAGGUCAGCUUACGACUGUUGGAAAUCCUCUUGAUCCUGCGGUUUCUCCACAACCAAGCUCUUUCACGAGCAUUUUUACUAUUGACGGCGUCCCAACAACAUCGGUCGGGGUCAUCACGUCGCUCGUCGCUGCUCCAAGCUCCCCCACCGUCACAGCGAUUCCUGGUUCUGGAGACGACGGUGACAUCUUGAACCCUUCCUCCUCACUCAGUCUUGCUGGCUCGCAAACCGUAUCCAACAUGGGAUCUCCAACUGCAGGUUCUGGAGCCGGUAUUGGAGAUGAUGGCGAUGUACUUGAUCCUUCGUCUUCCAGGGGACUCGCCGGCUCACGAACUGUGUCCAACGUGGGACCACCCACUGCAGCUUCUGCUCCUGGGUUUGGAGAGGACAGCGAUGUCUUGGAACCUCUUCCCACGACUCUUGGUUAUGCAACGUCCAGAAUUUUGCCGUCUACGGUGAGCGAGAGUGCUGGCAAUCUCGGUGUCGACAUGCCCAUAACCUCUGUUGUGACCACGAUAACAUACACCACGGUCAACCCAGCAAGUCCCACAGCCCUCAUGGAAGCUGAACUUUGCUCAACGCUGUAUUUCCCAGACUGCGGUUGCCCAACGCAGGUUACGCCCACUGUCCCGAUGACUACGAUUGAGGCAUCUUGCAAUAGGUGCGGCUCCAAAGGCGAGAGUUUAGUCACGCUUACCGUUCCGGAGAGCCCAUACAGAACUCAACAGUCCGCUGUCGAAGAAAAGUAUCGUUCCGAAGGUAACCACUUACAGCCCCAAGAAAGCAAGCUGUACCCCGAAGAGAGCCAAACGCAGCCGAGCAUGGUUCCUGCGGAGGUGGCACCGGCAUCAACCAACUUACCGGACGCCGGCAAGACAAAUAGUGUGCCGCAAUCGUCUAUCGCAUCCUCGAUUUCAGCCGUAACGGCAACUGCAGUCGGCUCUGGCGAGUCAGAUACUCCGGCAAAUCAGGGCAACGCUUCAGACGGGUCUGAAAGUCAGGAUGCCCACGGCAAUGCAAUAGUUUCUCCAGCCAAUUCCGCAGCGUCUGUUGGUCCAGUUGGUGCGCCCGACAUUCAUUCUGUUGCUGCACCUAUUCCCACACAAACUGCCAUCCCUUCAAAACCAGAAAGCUCUAUAGCAGGCUCUUCAGGUGUCCCUGGUGCAGGAGGUGGCACGGGUCCGGGCACGGGUUCGGACUCCGUCCCCGGCUCCGGCUCCAGCUCUGGCCAGGAGCCCUUGCCGCCCUCCUCAACCGAAUCCAAUACUGGCGGAUUGAUAUCUUCCAAACCGAGCACGGUGGUUGUUUCUGGUUCUCUGAGGAUGCAGAAAUGGUUCGAUGGCCCUCUCUUUGCUUCUGCAACCUUGUUCUCUGCCAUAUUGGUUCAGUUCCUCAACUAA